UCGUCUUCAAUACCCUUCCUUUUUGAACUGACAAGACAAAACGAAAAAAAAAGGGGCAGAGGUAAUACUCCUCAAACUACGAAUUGUACUCCUACUCUCUCGCCUCUCCAUCUCGCCGCCUUCCACCACUGACUACCGGCCACUGUUCCAGAGCUCCUCCACCAUUACGCAAGUAGAGUUUGUGGUCCCCAGAUACUGUAAGAGAGGAGGCGUGGACUAAUCGGAAGAGAAAUUAUCAGCUACGGUGUGGUAAAUUUAGUGUUACAGAUGAUGAUUUGGAAGAGCUCCGAGGUUGCUUUCAGUUGGGGUUUAACUUUGACUCGCCCGAUUUGGAUCCAAAAUUGUCAUCUGCUUUUCCAGUGUUAGGGUUCUACCAUGCUGUGAAUCGGCAGUUCAGUAAUAGCUUGUCCCGUUCUUCUUCUUCGUUGUUUUCUGAUUGCGAUUCCGUGUCAUCUGUUGGAAGUGCUAGUGCUAUUAUUGAUCCAGUAGAUGAUGAUCCCGUGAUUUUGAAGACGAGAUUAAGCAGUCGGCACAAAUUGUAGCUUGUUCGGUGCACCAAUAUCUACCAAACUAUUAUGUAAUUUAUUCUACUUUUCCCUCAAUUUCCUCAUUCUGUGCAAACAUUAUGUAAUCUAUUCCACUUUCCCCCAAUUUCCCCAUUUUAUCUAGUCCUUUUGGUAGCCACGAAUUUUGUGUUGGGAGUUGAUUAGUUGGAAAUGGUCUUCUAAGCUAAUAAUUAGAAGUAAAUAAUUCUCUAGUCCCGGUUGAAGUCUCUUAUUGUUGAAUGCAUCUAUGAAUAUAAAUUUUAUGUAUGAUAGAGGAAAUAUUUUCUACGUCUGGGGCUGUAUUUAGAUUAUAUCAUUCAUUUGAUGUGGGAGAAUGGAGGAAGUUGUUUUCAAUGUCAUAAGUAUCGGAGGAUUUUCGUGUAAUGAUCUUUCUUUUUCCUCUUUGAUCUCCAUCUGGAGAAGUGCUCAACCCCAGCAAAGAGAUGCAUAAAUGUAGAUUUCAAUGUGCACACGCAUGUCAGUGUGUUGUGUACUAGUGCAAAGAAAGGGAAGUGGAAAAUUUUCAAGUACGGAUUGGCUUAAAAAGAAACAGAUUGAAUUACAAGUCUCCUCUCUGUGUUCCUUUCCUCAAGUAAAAGACUAAACCAGCUUGCGAGGUAAAAAGAACGAAAUUUUAGCUUAACCCAGACACCAAAGUUAAGUGUAAAAAUUACCAGCAGUUACAUGCAUCUUUGGAGCUCACUUGUGAUAUCUGGAAACCAAAAGCAGAAUUCAUUUAUUAAAUACAAUAAAAUUCAUUAUGUAAAAUGAAUUAAGAAGAGUAGGCAAUGAAAGCAGAAGAACUAAGAUCAAAAUCUGAAUGGAAAAAUUGAAAUAUUUAAAGAAACAUCAUUCGCUAAUGAUGAUGGAACUGAAUCACUAUCAAGAUUCUUUAAAGCUUCAGGUUCCUUUUCACCCCGUGAUCAAACCCAUUAGCAAUAUUAAUGUCUGCCACUUCCAAAAACUAAAGGCAAUAUUAAUGCUCAUUAAUUUUGACUUAUAACUCAGAAUUGCAGUGAGUUAAACAAAAUUGAUCCAUUAAAGGUGUGUGAUUCCGAAGAAAGUGGGAUUGUAGAGUGGUGCUGGAAGUUUCAUUGGUUAAUUAGAACAGAAGAAUGUCAAAAAAAUAUGGCUAUCUGGGAUUUAUAAAUCAUAUAUUAGUUAUCCUCAUGAAGAUGCUGUUAUUACCGUUGCAUUUAUUGGUACACAAAGCUUUAGAUGCUGAAUUUAUGGUUUGUUCUGGGUUGGUAUUUAUUGUGUCCAUGACUGCACCAAGGGGUACAACUGGUUAUAUUGCGCCGGAGGUUUUCUCAAGAAACUUUGGGAAUGUUUCUUAUAAAUCAGAUGUUUAUAGUUUUGGGAUGUUGCUUCUUGAGAUGGUUGGAGGAUUGAAAAAAAAUGAUGUUGGUGGGCAAGACAAAAGUCAAGUUUAUUUACCAGAAUGGAUUUACAAUAAAUUGGAGCACGAAGAAGAAAUAGCUAUCCAAAUUGAGAAAGAGAGCGACAAUAAGAUUGUUAGAAACCUAACUAUUUCGGGACUUCGGUGCAUUCAGUGGUAUCCGGUCGAGCGACCCUCCAUGAAAGUUGUAAUUCAAAUGCUUGAAUCGGAAGAAAUUCCCUCCAUGCCCCGUAACCCAUUCACUUCAACAAAUGGUACACAGAAUGCAGCAACUUCGCGUGGUAGAAUAUUCAGCAGCGAACUUGAAAUCAUUUCAGAAUCUGAGUAAUGAAGUGAGAGCAUUAAAUACUUAAACUAUUUGACUGCUCCAUAACAUAUAAGAUGUGGUUUUUUACAAGUAGAAGUAUAUUGCCCUCUCUGUGGCGAAUACUAUGUAAUACAUAUGUUUAAAAUAGCAUCAUAGGUAGAAGAAUGAUCAUCUUCCUUUAUGUUGGCUCUAUUAUGGAUUAAAAACUAGUACUUUUUGUCGUAGUUUUCAGUUUUACUUUUGUUUUCAUGAAUUUAGUAUGUUAUCAAAUGGGAUGUUCUAAUUCAAAAUGUAAAAGGUAAACAUUAUCAGAAUCACACAUACAAAAUGCAUUUUAACUAUGUCGUUCCAUGCAUAUAUUUUACCUUGAAGAUGCGUGUGCUUGUCGUAAGUACUGCAAUGUGAUUUUACAUCAAUGUGCUGAAUUUACAAUGUCUUACAGGUCCAGUUACCUAGAUCCAAUCCCUUAACAACAGCAGCAGCAGUUCUCAAAGAUGUACCAUAAAUACGUGGAUUACAGUCGAGUUCCAAAAAGAGAAGUGAAAUCAAUGCGAUAAAAUUUUGAAAAGAAAAUCUAGGAAUGGAGGUCGAUGGGGUGGUUUCACACACUACUUAGUUAGUGGUUUUUUUUUUUUUUGAAAAAUGUAAUGGAUUUUUAGGUGUUUUAGAAUUUUGGAUCUGGAUUUUGUACGAAUAUUGUUACAUUUUAGAGUUCAAUUAAUAAUGAUUA